GAGAGAUAGAGCAGCGGAGGAGCGCAACUGUAGAGGAAUACAGUUCAGUUGGGUCAUUUUUUUUAUUCUUGUCGACUAAUUUCAAUUCAUGAGAAGAGAAAGAGUGGAUAUUCACCGCUUUCAGAAUCACGGUAGUGAGGAGCUGGAGCGUGCUCAGUGAGGUUGGGAAGACAGCAAAAUGGCAGUCUCCACUCAACUGGGUUUACUGCUUUGGAAGAACUUCACCUACCGACGGAGACAGACUAUCCAGCUGCUGAUUGAGAUUAUCUGGCCUUUGUUCAUUUUCUUCAUCCUAAUCUCAGUCCGAAUACAUUAUCCACCCUACGAGCAACAUGAAUGCCAUUUCCCUAACAAAGCCUUGCCCUCAGCGGGCACUCUGCCCUGGGUACAAGGAAUCAUCUGUAACGCUAACAACCCCUGCUUCCGCAACCCUACCCCUGGAGAAACUCCUGGGGUGGUGGGAAACUUCAACGAUUCUAUAAUCUCCCGUCUGUUCAUUGAUGCCAAGAAAAUCCUGCUCUACACUCAGAAUGAUAAGAGCUACGAGGGCUACAAAGGAAUGCUGAGGGCCCUCAGGAAGCUGCAGAAGAACACUGCCAGUUUCAAGCUGAAAGACUUUUUAAGAGACGAUGAAACCCUUUCACAUUUCCUGCAUCACAACGCCUCACUUCCUCAUCACGCUAUGAAGCACAUAGUCGAGGCUGACGUCAAUCUGGAGAAGGUGCUGACUAAAGGUUUCGGCUUCCAUCUUAGAGACCUCUGUAAUACCACACCCCUGGAAGAGUUCGUCCAUAUCGCCGACCGCAACGUCUCCCAUCUGACGCAGGAAAUCAUCUGCAAUUCAUCCAAAGAUUGGCUGGACAAGGCCCAGAGCCACUUUCUCUCCAACUUGGACUUCUUCAAACCUAUUCGGAAGGAUGUGAGGUCGGACCCUAAAGUUGUUCAGGAAGUCUCAGCUGCAACCGACAAUCUUCUGGAGAGCCUGGGAGCACUGGCCGUGGAGCUUUCCAAUAUGAAGAGUUGGAAGGAUAUGCGAAAAGAGAUCCUGUAUCUUACUGCAAAUGCCACAGGCUCUCCAAACCAAAUGUACCAAGCUGUGUCACGUAUCGUCUGUGGACACCCAGAGGGAGGCGGCCUUAAAAUCAAAUCUCUUAACUGGUAUGAAGACAACAACUACAAGGCCCUGUUCGGAAACCAUGGUAACGACAGUGACAGCGAACCUCUCUCCACUUACGACAACACUUCAACUCCCUAUUGUAACAACAUGAUGCGGAGCCUGGAGUCCAGCCCCAUUUCCAGGAUGAUCUGGAGAGCUCUGAAACCUCUGCUCAUGGGAAAGAUCCUGUAUACUCCUGAUACUCCAGCAACACAGAGGAUCAUCCAUGAGGUCAAUAAGACCUUCCAGGAGCUCGGCGUGCUGAGGGACCUUGGUGGGAUGUGGGAGGAGAUGAGGCCCAAAAUUUGGAACUUCAUGGAGAAUAGCGAGGAAAUGGACAUGGUCAGGACCCUGCUCCAAAAUAAUGCCAGUGCAGCAUUCUUCAACGCCCAGCUCAGUGACACUGAGUGGCGGGUGUCAGAUGUAUCAAACUUCCUAUCCAAGAUCUCAAAGGACAAAAGACCUGCAAGAUCAGCCUAUACCUGGAGAGAGGUCUUCAAUGAAACAGACCAGGCCAUCCAGACGAUCUCACGCUUCAUGGAGUGUGUGAACCUGGACAAGCUGGAACCAGUAGCUAAUGAGGAGCGAUUGGUCAACAAGUCUAUGGGUCUUCUUGACAACCAGAAGUUCUGGGCAGGAAUUGUGUUUCCCGAUAUCGCCCAUAGCAACAGCACUGACCUGCCUCCCAAUGUCAACUACAAAAUCCGCAUGGACAUUGAUAAUGUGGAGAGGACUAACAAGAUUAAAGAUGGUUAUUGGGACCCUGGCCCCAGGGCAGACCCCUUUGAGGACCUUCGGUACAUCUGGGGUGGGUUUUCCUACCUGCAGGACGUGAUUGAACAAGGAAUCAUCAGAGCUGUCACUGGCACCAAGGAAAAGACAGGCAUCUACAUUCAGCAGAUGCCCUAUCCUUGCUAUGUUGAUGACAUUUUCCUGCGGGUGAUGAGUCGAUCAAUGCCUCUCUUCAUGACUUUGGCAUGGAUGUACUCAGUGGCCAUCAUCAUCAAGGGUGUGGUGUAUGAGAAGGAAGCGCGACUCAAAGAGACCAUGAGGAUCAUGGGACUGAAUAACGGCAUCCUGUGGCUCAGCUGGUUCAUUAGCAGUUUAAUCCCUCUGCUGAUCAGCGCUGGCUUAUUGGUGAUGUUAUUGAAGAUGGGAAACCUGCUGCCUUACAGUGACCCAGGCGUGGUGUUUCUUUUUCUGGGAUCCUUUGGCGUAGUGACCAUCAUGCAGUGUUUUCUCAUCAGCACCUUGUUCUCUCGUGCCAACUUGGCAGCUGCCUGCGGUGGGAUCAUCUACUUCACUCUUUACCUGCCUUACGUUCUGUGUGUCGCCUGGCAAGACUACGUGGGCUUUGGAGCAAAAAUCGUUGUGAGUCUGCUGUCACCUGUAGCUUUUGGUUUUGGCUGUGAGUACUUUGCCCUGUUUGAGGAGCAAGGAGUGGGAAUCCAGUGGUCCAAUCUGCUGGCUAGCCCUCUGGAGGAGGACAGCUACAAUCUGACCACAUCUAUCUGCCUGAUGCUGUUUGAUGCCGUUCUCUAUGGAAUAAUGACAUGGUACAUUGAAGCUGUUUUCCCUGGUCAGUAUGGGAUCCCCAGGGCUUGGUAUUUCCCAUUCACUAGGUCAUACUGGUGUGGAGAGAAAGAAAACAAGAACAUCUCAACUCCCCUGUCAAAGAAGGGCAACGCUGAUGCUGUGUGUAUUGAGGAGGAGCCAAACCAUAUUGAUCCAGGUGUUUACAUCGAGAAUCUGGUGAAGGUCUACAGCCAUGGAAACAAGCUGGCUGUGGAUGGACUGUCCCUGAGAUUCUAUGAAGGACAGAUCACCUCCUUCCUUGGCCACAAUGGAGCUGGCAAGACCACAACUAUGUCAAUCCUUACAGGGUUGUUCCCACCCACAUCUGGUACAGCCUACAUCCUUGGCAAGGACAUCCGCACUGAACUCAGCACCAUACGGCAGAAUCUGGGUGUCUGUCCCCAGCACAAUGUACUUUUCAGCAUGCUGACAGUGGAGGAACACAUCUGGUUCUACGCCUGUCUGAAGGGACUGCCUGAGGAGAAGGUGAAGGCUGAGAUGGAGCAAAUUGUGAAUGAUGUUGGACUGCCGCAUAAAAGACAAUCACGCACCAGCACACUGUCUGGAGGGAUGCAGAGGAAGCUCUCAGUAGCCCUGGCUUUUGUUGGGGGCUCAAAGGUUGUCAUCUUGGAUGAACCCACUGCUGGUGUUGAUCCCUACGCUCGCAGGGGCAUCUGGGACCUGCUGCUCAAAUACAGACAAGGCCGUACCAUCAUCCUGUCCACUCAUCACAUGGACGAGGCAGACAUCCUGGGUGACCGCAUUGCCAUCAUUUCCCAUGGCAAACUGUGCUGCGUAGGCUCUUCGCUCUUCUUGAAGACCCAACUGGGGACAGGCUACUACCUGACCCUGGUCAAGAGAGACUAUGACUUGACACUUCAGUCCUGCAGGAAUUCUGCAAGCACCGUCUCCUACAGCAAGAAAACAGAGAAGGAGGACAGUAUAUCAGAGAGCAGUUCAGAUGCAGGUCUUGGUAGCGAACCAGAGAGUGAAACCACCACGAUUGAUGUGUCCCUCAUCUCCAAUGUGAUUUUCAAGCAUGUCCCAGAGGCUCGCAUGGUGGAGGAUCUCGGGCACGAACUCACAUAUAUCUUACCCUACCAGUCAGCUAAAGAUGGAGCCUUUGUAGAGCUCUUCCAUGAGCUUGACGAUCGCCUGACCGACCUGGGAAUAUCAAGCUAUGGAAUAUCUGAUACCACCCUGGAGGAGAUUUUCCUGAAAGUGGCUGAGGACAGUGGAGUGGAUUCUGUUGAGCUUUCAGAUGGAGUCGUGCCGACAAGGAUUCGUCGCCAUCAUGCAUUUGGAGACCACCAGAGCUGCCUGAAGCCCUUCACAGAGGAUGACUUUGAUUUCAACGAUUCUGAAGGUGACCCAGAAUCCCGUGAGACUGACUGGCUCAGUGGAACAGAUGGUAAAGGUUCGUACCAGGUCAAAGGCUGGAGUCUGAAGAGACAGCAAUUUGUGGCAUUACUUUGGAAACGAUUCCUCUAUGCUCGGCGCUCCAGGAAAGGCUUCUUUGCUCAGAUUGUUCUUCCAGCAGUGUUUGUCUGCAUUGCCCUUGUGUUCAGCCUGAUUGUCCCUCCAUUUGGAAAGUACCCCAGUCUGGCCCUGCAUCCAAGCAUGUAUGGCGAGCAGUUUUCCUUCAUCAGUAAUGACUUGCCUGAGGACCCGCACAUCAACAAACUACUGGGAGCUCUGACAGAUAAACCUGGAUUUGGAACACGCUGCAUGGAAGGAGAACCCAUACCUGACACUCCCUGCACAGCAGUAGAGGAUGAGUGGUCAGUCCCGCAAGUAUCUCAAAGUAUGAAGGACAUUUUCGACAAAGGUAAUUGGUCCAUGGAGAAUCCCUCUCCCCUGUGUGAAUGCAGCUGCCAAGGGCGCAAAAGGAUGUUGCCAGAGUGUCCUGCUGGUGCUGGGGGACUUCCGCCACCACAGAUGAAGACCAGUGACAAAGACACUCUUCAAAAUUUGACUGGCAGAAACAUCUCAGACUAUCUGGUUAAGACCUACGCUCAGAUUAUCGGCAAGAGCCUGAAGAACAAGAUUUGGGUCAAUGAGUUCAGAUACGGUGGAUUCUCGCUGGGUGCCAGGAAUUCUAAGUUUCUGUCUGAAAAAGACGACAUUGAUGAUGCAAUUACUCAGCUGCGGAUGCGCUUCCGUCUGGAGAGAGGAACUGCAGCAGAUCGUUUCUUUCUCAGUCUCUCCAGUUUCGUCCAAGGAUUGGACACUAAGAAUAACGUCAAGAUCUGGUUCAACAACAAGGGUUGGCACAGCAUCGGCUCUUUCCUUAAUGUGAUGAACAAUGGCAUCCUGCGGGCAAGUCUGCCAGCCGACAAAGACCCCUCAAAGUUUGGCAUUACUGCCCACAAUCAUCCGCUCAACCUCACCAAGGAGCAGCUGUCACAAGUCGCUUUGAUGACUACAUCAGUGGAUGUGCUGGUAUCCAUCUGCGUGAUCUUUGCCAUGUCCUUUGUCCCUGCCAGUUUUGUUGUUUUCCUCAUUCAGGAGAGAGUGAACAAGGCCAAACACAUGCAGUUUAUCAGCGGAGUGCAGCCCUUCCUCUACUGGCUGGCCAACUUUGUCUGGGACAUGUGUAACUACAUCGUUCCAGCCACGCUGGUCAUCAUUAUUUUUGUGUGUUUCCAACAAGACGCUUACGUCUCCUCCACCAAUCUGCCUGUGCUGGCGCUGCUGCUGUUGCUUUAUGGAUGGUCUAUCACCCCGCUGAUGUAUCCAGCCUCAUUUUUCUUUAAGAUCCCAAGCACAGCUUACGUAGUUCUGACCAGCGUCAACAUAUUGAUAGGAAUCAAUGGCAGUGUCUCCACAUUCGUCCUGGAGCUGUUUGGAAGCAAUGAGAUCGGUGGCAUCAACGACAUCCUGAAGAACGUUUUCCUCAUCUUCCCUCACUUCUGUCUGGGCAGAGGACUGAUCGAUAUGGUGAAGAAUCAGGCAAUGGCAGAUGCUUUGGAGAGAUUUGGUGAAAACCGGUUCCGUUCUCCUCUGGCCUGGGACAUGGUGGGAAAGAACCUCUUUGCAAUGGCCAUUGAGGGUGUCAUCUUCUUCUCUAUCACAGUCCUCAUUCAGUACCACUUCUUCUUCAAGGCCAGGUCAUCUACCAGUCAUCUGAAGCCUAUAGGAGAAGAAGAUGAGGAUGUGGCCAGAGAGCGACAGAGGAUCCUUAGCGGAGGUGGACAAUCUGACAUCCUGGAGCUUAGACAGCUCACUAAGAUUUACAAACGGAAACAGAAGCCGGCAGUGGACCGGCUAUGUGUUGGCAUCCCCCGCGGCGAGUGCUUUGGCUUGCUUGGUGUAAAUGGAGCUGGGAAAACCAGCACCUUUAAAAUGCUUACAGGAGACUCAAUGGUCACCAGUGGAGAAGCCUACCUGGCUGGCAAGAGUGUAACUACAGAGAUAGAUGAGGUGCAUCAGAACAUGGGCUACUGUCCCCAGUUUGAUGCCAUCAACGACCUGUUGACUGGCAGAGAGCACCUUGAGUUUUACGCCAUCCUGAGAGGAGUGCCUGAGAAGGAAGUCUGUGAGGUGGCAGAGUGGGGCAUCCGGAAGCUGGCCCUAGCCAAAUAUGUCGACAAAUCAGCAGGCAGCUACAGCGGAGGAAACAUGAGAAAACUGUCCACUGCCAUUGCUCUCAUAGGAGGACCACCUGUUGUGUUUCUGGAUGAACCUACGACAGGUAUGGACCCUAAAGCACGUCGUGCCCUGUGGAAUGCCAUACUGAGCAUCAUCAAAGAGGGACGAUCUGUAGUCCUGACCUCUCACAGCAUGGAGGAGUGUGAAGCACUUUGUACCAGAAUGGCCAUCAUGGUCAACGGCAGGUUCCGCUGUCUGGGUAGUGUGCAACACCUCAAAAACAGGUUUGGUGAUGGCUACACCAUCAUCCUGCGGGUGGCGGGGCCGGACCCAGACCUCCAACCGGUGAUGGACUUCAUUGAGCGGGAGCUGCCAGGCAGCACACUGAAGGAGAAACACCGUAACAUGCUGCAGUACCAGCUGCCCUCCUCCCUUACCUCCCUAGCCCGCAUCUUCUCCCUGCUCUCCAAGAACAAGGAGGAGCUCAGCAUAGAAGACUAUUCCGUCUCGCAGACCACUCUAGACCAAGUGUUUGUAAAUUUUGCCAAGGACCAAAGUGACGAGGACCAUUUGAAAGACGUCCAUCUGAAUAAGCGAGAUGCUGUGGUAGUGGACAUUUCAAAGAUGAACUCUUUCCUCAUGGACAACAAGACCAGGGAGAGCUGCGUGUGACACCAUAACACACCACUAGUGGAAGUUGCUAUGCUUCACACACUCCCCCCUCCCCCACCCCAGAAAAUAUGGACCACUAAUCUGAGGGGGAAAAAGACUAUGCUCAUUUUUUGUAUUUUUAUUUUUUAGUCUUUUUUAAUUGUUAUCAUUUCUCAGUGGACCUGCACCUAAGCGCACAGCCUCUUGAAAAAAGUUGAGGCAGAGACUGCAGGUAUCGUGAUAGACACUGAAACAAUGAAAACUCAAUGCAAAUCAAUGCAACAAAUAUAUAUAUUUAAGAUGAGAGGAUAUUCCUGUGAGGGUUGGAGACUGGUGCUUCUCCUUCACUAGAAUGACAGACAGAAAGAAGAGAACACUUGAAGCAACAGCAGGAUAACUUUGCUUUGUUCGACUGGAAAGCUUGUAGCUCUGCUACUCAAUGGCCACAGUGUUGGGGAUGAUAGAAGGAAAUAUCUCUAGUUUGUAUCCCCAUUCCUAAAAGUAGUUAGCUGUAGUCAAAGGGACUAUGUAUGUGAUACUCUGUAUCGUGAAGUCACGACAGUGUAAAAGUUCAGAUCAUUCACUGCCAACUGAUAAAGGACGGACUGACUACUUUUUUUUAUUCAGGGUCAAACCUCUCAAUCUCUUCAUUACCAAGCUCAAUUCUUUUAUAAUGCAGGUGAUGAUUUAAAGCAUUUACAAUCCAACUGAUUUCAAAGAGAAACAUGCAAUCAUGCAACAUAUUAAUUUCUACUAAUUCGAUUUUUUAAAAUAAUUUAAUUCUACUAGACAAACAUAACCUCUUUGGAGUUUUGUUUAUCUUUAUUUGGAUAACAAAAUAGGAUUGAUAACCAAGUUGUCCAUUGUAUUUGUUGUUCAUGAUGUCCUGGACAUUGUCGAGCACAGUGCCUAUACUGUAUGAUGGUGGAGAGAGAAAUCUCAGCACUCCAUUAAAAACAACAUGCGUAGACUGCCGAGGAAUGUAUAAGAUGGAUACCAACAUGCAUCAAAGCACAAAAAGCAGGUUUUUGUGGAGAUAAUGAAUGGAACUUACCUGUUUUUUUAUUGUGUCUUUCAUUGUCAAAAAAAAUCUUGUGGUUGCUUGAUGUCUGUACAUGAUGUGCAGUCUCCUAUAGCGGCUUGUACUCGCCCCGGCUCUCUUUAAAUGGAAUCAGUAAGGAGGCAAGAGGAUCAUCAUAAACUGGCAGUUGUGACUCCAAGUGAAAGCUGAAGAUUGACGAACAAUUUGGACUGGAUUUUGAAAGUAACGUAGAAAUAUAUAUUGCAUGCUUUCCACUGGGCCACACACCCGGAUUAUCAGCACUUCUGUGUGUGAGCCAAAGCAUGCCAUCAGAUGAGUGUGUAAAGGACUGGAGAGGACUUAAUUCUGCUUCGUUGUUGUUGGAUUACUGGCACAUAUGUACAUGCAAGGUCUAAAUCCAAAUGAUGUUGUACAAAAGAAGAAAACAUGUCAAAAUGUGAUUUAUGGUGAAGAGACAAGUAAAAUGGAAAUGUUCCUGUGGGUGAAACUGUAGCGUCCAUACACAGAUUCACAGCUACACUGCUUGUCUGGGAUGUUAAGAUGGUACCUGUACCAGGAACACAUGCUUUUAUACAUAUGUGUGUGAGAGCACGAUAGGAGCAGAUUAGAUCUGAGCCAGCAUCGCUGUGGAUAUUAUGUACAAUAGCAGUUUUGUGAUGUUGAGUUAAAAAAAACGUUACCAGUGGAGUGAACAAACAGUAUCUGUGCCAAAAUUGAGCUGAAUAUAUAUCUUUGAUCAACCAGCAUCAUCUUGAGGAGGCAACAGUCGUGCUUUGAUUUCAGUUCUUUAUCCCUCAGAUCAGUUUAGUAGUCCUCCUCUCUCAUUGUCAGCAGCUCCAAACAAGAAGCACAUCUCAUUCAGUCUCCAUCAGACUGCAAGUUCUUUCUAUGUACUAGUGACGUUGCCAAAUUGUAAUCACUCUCUGGACACAUUAAUAAGCUACCACGCUGAAGUUAUCUCUACUGUCAGAACAUUUCAGACCCAAGGUUGAGACACUUCAUGUAAAAUGAUGUUUCCAGAGCUAGUCAGAGUCCAGACUAAACAGAAACAGGGACCACUUUAAUUAGAAUUGUGCUUGUGAUGCUUUAUAAUCCAAAAAAUCAUAUCCAGGGUUCAAAUUGAUGACAGAUUGUCAUUACGGGUGCUCUGUGUCAUAUAAAAUCUUGGAAGGGGUUUCCGUUAUAUCGGGGAUGUAGUAACUGCUGUGGGCCUUUGGGCUAACAAGCCUCAACCCACCAAACCCUUCUGUUAAAUGUGAGCACUUUAAAGACUUAGAAGUCAUUUGUUUCCAUGGUGUAGAAUUAGGGAUUUGAUGAUAGUAAAUUAAACAUUUAAAAGCAGAUCUCUGCACUGGAUAACAGACAAGACUACACCACUGCAUUCAAUAUAUUUGUAUAAAAACUUGAAAUAGUGAAUGGAGGCUUUCAUGAGGUAGAGAGGACACAGUGAAAUUUUGAAGAGCUCAGACAAUAGUGAGAUAAAGAGAGAAAUGCAGGACAAUACUAAUGUGGUGAUUUUCUCUUCUUGUGCUCAAUAUUAUUAUUUGUUUACAUUUUUAAGUAUUAAACAACAGCUGUUUAAGUCUGUUACCCAUUCUGUAUAGUUACUCUUUACAUUAAUAAAUAAAAUUCAUACAUUUUGAAAAAA